AUGAAUUGGAUCGUUCCGGCCGUUUUCCUUGUUUUCGUUCGAUUUUCGAUUGGUUGUAAGCCGUCUUAUCAGGUGCAAAAAGUGCUCAAAAAGUUUGAAAUUUUCGUAAUUUAUCAAGCUCGAAACUUCCAAAUUAAAGAUUAAAUCUCAUCUCAUCACAUUUUGUACAGCUCAUUCAAAAAAAAAUGCUCGAAGCAACUUCUCAACAGGAUUAGUCUAAAGCAGAGGUGGAGGAUGGCUGCCCUCAGGCCGCCCUGCCUGCCAAGCCAUAAACGCCCAAAAGGCAGAAAUGACUUUUUCAAAAGUCAGCGUGGCGCGACGGUCAUUUGUAUGGCGAUAUCGCCCUAGCAUCUAGAAGCGCUUGUUUUGAGCGAUGUAUGAAACUUUUUUACUAAAACACAAAAACACGAAAAAAUGGUGGUAUGAAAAAAAGAUCAGCGAAAACUCGAACGGCGAUUUUUCUGACUUUUUCAAAUCGCUAGAGAGCUUUCCGACGGAGAACUUUCCGACUAAUCCUUUUCAACUUUUUUGCUAAAUAAACUCUUCGUUUUGAAUCCUCCCAUAUAAAGUAGGUAGUUGAUUCAUGAUUAAAACACAAAAAGUAGACAAAAAAAUGUUUUAGGAACCGAAAAGUAAAAGGGAAAAAAGUCGGAAAGUUCCUUAGCGAUUUGAACAAAUCGGAAAAAGUCGCAUUCCGAAAAUUCGCUGGUUUUUUUUCAUACCACCGGAAAAAUCCAGGUAGAGAACUGUAAGCCUUCCACUCUUAACGAGGUGGCCUGGCGUAAUAGGAUUUUUCAGUCAUUUGACUUUUUUGGAAACCAAAUGAAUCAAGAGAAAUACUUUUGCAUCAAUUUCAUAGCAUCUCAAAAUUUUUUUGUCGAAAUAGUUCUCUAGUGCGAUUGAAAAGGUAGCCUUUUGACCCGUUUCAGUGACAAUUCCCUGCUGAAAUAACUGUUACAGUAGAUUAAAAACGUUAACACAAAGUUGCGAAAAAAAAAACAAUUCAAAAAUUACAACAAAAUUGAUAAUGAUUAGUUCAGGGCGUUAUCGCCACGUACUUGACCUAGUUGCCAAAGACCACGUAAAUUAAUGGCUCAUUUCUAUCGUUUGGCUUUUUGGCUUGGCUUGGCCGCCAAGCCAAGGGCUGCCUUCUCAAUUCUCCACCUCUGGUCUAAAGAACAACUGGGAAAAUUUUAAGUGGCCACUAUAGUAGUCAAAUUAGUGGCCACUGAAGGGGUUAAAUAAGUGGCUACUAUAUAGGUCUAAGUGCUACUACUAGACCAUUUAAAAAUUUAGUGGCCUCUUAAGGGGUCAAUGGAUCAACAUAACUGGUCCAAUCUGUUUGUUUUAAAAUUAUCAGAGUUACUGGAAGGAAUAAUUGAUGAAAAACUACAGAAGUGGACGCUAAAUAGAGAACAUCUAGAGUGGCUACUAAAACGGAAAAUAGUGGCCACUAUAGAGGUGGAUUUAGUGGCCACUUUAGUGUCCUCUCCAAGUAGUCCUUGGCCAGCCUCUAUAGUGGCCCCUAAAAAUUUUCCCAGUGAUUUUAAAAAUCAUAGUUCAUUCGAAAGUGUAGACCACUGAACGCAUUGCUAUCUCGUCGAAAAAAUGCUUCAUUUUAAUAUCUCAAUUUCAUGUUUCUUAAAAAUCGUCAAAGCUAAUAGAAUGAAUCCCAGCUAUUAGUUAACUCACAACCUUCCAUUUGAAACUUUAUAGUCAUGUUUCUUUGAAAAUCUGUCAAGGUGAAAAUCGAGAAAGUUUCGUUAGUGACAUGCUUCAAAGUUGAUUUUUAUUAAUGAUAAUAUUGUUUAUUUUUCUGAGAUCAAAGAAUUUUUGAGUCUGUCAAAGCUCCUUGAAGUUUGACAACUCCAAAACUUGGUUUAUUUCAAAGUUCCCUACUAUAGUUUAUUCAAGACUGCUCUUCUCCUCGUUCAAAAUUGCAGAGAUUGACUUCAAAAUGAACAGGAUACCGUACCCUCACUUUGGCGUUAAUCGUUCCAAGACCAUUUUUUUCAUAAUUCCCUUAUACCUCAAGCUAUUUGAAACAGCAGAAUGAUCUGAAAGUGGAAGCAAGAGAACAACAGCGUCUUGAAUAGAGCGCAGACAACUAGAGAUUUUUUGAUUGUCUGGCGUCUCUUCAGAACAGCUUGAUCUCUCGUCUCCGUAUACUUCGACCACUAUUUUAAUUUUUUUUUUCCUUUUUUAUUCGAAACUUUUCCCUUGUAGCUGUUACUAUUACCCCUUUCAUAAUUCUUCUAAUUCGAACCAAAAAAAUUUCUACAGAACCAAAUUUUCAGAUUCGGUUGAAAGUUGACGAGGCGGAGUUCAAAGGCCGAUCCGCAGUUAUCGUAUACCAAGAAAAGUACAAAGUAACUUUUUGAAACAACCUUCGAAAAUUUGACGAAACUCGAGAAAGCCUGUCUGCGUGCUCUUUUCUCUUUUUGGCGAGGUCAUAGGAACACCGGAGUGGUCACUACAGGGGUUAGGGAAAGAACUUUGCAUAAAUGUCUGAAAUUUAGGUAGCUGGUUUGAAAGGUAUAAUUCCGUAUAGGGACCAAUAGCGUGCCCCCAAGUGGCCACUUCUUCAACUUUCCGUGGCCCUCAUAGUGGGCUGAGGUGAGGAGCCUACAAGGACCCCUCUAGUGACCACUCUGGCGUUCCUAAGAAGUAGGACGUAAGCGAGAGAGUGCAGAGAAACCAGACUUUUUCAAGUUCAUGGGGCAAAACCUGAGAGUUUCCGUUCAGAAUGUAGCCGACGAGAUUCUCUGCGAACUGAAGGCGUUGCUUUCUGAAGUGACGUUCCAAACUUCGUCGAACAGUAUCGGGUUCGAGAACAUCUGCAAGCAUAGCUCGGUUCCUUUUUUCUUUUUUUUUGGGACAAAAUUUAGAACUUCCUUGACACAUUCAGACAGAGGACACUUAUUUCUAACUAUAAGGCAAAGUCGGAAGGACCAUUUGAGCUUCCGGGUGUGAAAAGUUUCCAUUAUUUGAUCCUAAAGGGAUCCCAAAGGUUUCCUUUUUACUGCCUUUUCCCGUCCUUUCAUCGGCCUUUAUCCACCCUUUUUGGAACCUUCCGAAAAAAAAAUUUUUUUUUGAUUGAGAAUCUUUACCAGUGACUGUGUAUGAACCAAAAUGAGCUACAGUAAUACAAUCGGAUUGGCCGAGACUUUCAGCAGCCUUUCUUCACCCUUUUUGCACCCUUUUUUCACCCUUUUUUGAGCCUUUCAAGCCUACCAAGAAAGAAAGGCUCAAUAAAGGCCGCAAAACGGAACCCUUUUAGCGGCCAUUUUGCACCCGUUUUCCGCACUUCCGACUUUGGCAGUAUUUCUAGGAUUUGCUGUCCCAAGGGGGCAUGAAAAUAUGUGCUUUUUUCAGUUAUUGCAAUUGACGUCAGACAAGUUGCGUCUCAAAGACUUUGCCAUCACCAUUUCUGAAACUUCAAAUGUAAAUUUUCUUUCUUGUACUUGAAAAGGUCGCACGGGGAAUGGCUUGAAGCGUCGCGGCUAGGUUCCCGCUCUAUCCAAGACGGCCGCUUUGAGCCUUUCUUUGUUUCGAUUUUUCGAAUCAAUUCGGAUAGACCAUGCCGCAAGUCGUAUUCUGUCGGGCGCAAAAAAGUCCCAGUCAAUCGAAAAAUUCUUUGCAGCUCGAAAAACAAUGCGAAGCUAUUAAUCAAAUGAACAUCAAGCUGUUGAGCCACGGAAAUGGCAAGAAAAACACUUGGGUGGCGCAGAUUCUCGGCACCAAGACCGAUCUGUUGGUACCUUUGGCCAAAGAUGGUUUGUUAACAACGAUCAAAAAUGAGUUUCACAAUGUUUCCAAGUACUAUGUUUCAUAAAAUUCCACAGGACACUAGCCAAAAUUGUGGAAUAUCACUGUUUCAGGCAAAAACACGACCCUGCCCUCGCUGCACCUGGCGUUGGACACCAUGUUCCUGGCCGGCGCCAUGGAUAUUGGCUCCAACAGUUUCAAGUCGCUCAUGUUCGACAAGACAGAAGAGUCGACGGUAUUGAAGACAUUUCUUCUUCUUGAGCGAAUUUCCAGCAUUUUCCCACACUUUUGAACCAAAAACCACUCUUUUUUUGUUCAGAAAUGCUCAAAAUACCUGUUUCAGACCGAGAGGUUCGGCAUUUUGGCGUUGCUGCUCGCCGUGUCGUUGCUCACGGUGCUCGGCGGCGUCGGGUUAAUCGUCGCCGUCUGCUUUUCGCGUCGGAAGUUUGCUGAAAAUCGACGUCGUGAUAAGAAGUCCGAUGCCCUCGCCACGCAGGCCAACAAUCAGUUCAAUGAGGUAUUCAUGAAAAUCAUGGAGUCAUACAAAGUAUUGUUCAAAUGUUUAGAAAAGUUGUACGCUCCGAAAAAACUCAAAAUCGACUAAAAACCUUCAGGCCUCUCAAAGGGGCUAUAGUUCUAUUUUGAGGACCCUAAAGUUGACUAGAAGAUCCUGAAGCCGUUUAAAACUCCUGAAGCUUUUUUGAAAAUUAAAAAAAACCCUCAAAGUGGCUUGAAUCGUUUGAAUCACCUAAAGGUUCAUGAAAAGCUAGAUUCAAAAAUAAAGAUUUCUUCAAACUCAAGUGAACUUUUAGGAGGAGCCGAUCUGGGUGGAAGAAUAUGGACAUCAAGCGUAA